GGGCUGCUGCUUUGCGCGCUGCGGGGCCACACUGCGACCGCACCGAGGAGGAAGAGGAGAAAGCCGCGGACCGACAGGGGGGCCAGCCUGAGCCAGAGUGGCGGAGAGGCACUAUUAAAAAGAAGAAGAAAAAGCAGAAGAGGAGGGUUCCAACGCGCCGUCACCGCACGGAUAAAAAAAAUCCACCGAAGAAGAAGCAGCAGCAGAAGGCGGAGACGCGUCACACCGCGCUCUUCCUCCCUCCAUCUCUCUGCUCCGCUUUUCAGGGGAAUCGAACCAGAGGAAAAAAAACGAGAGGAGGACAAAUAGAGAAAAAAAAAUCUUGCUGGGGAAUCUGGGAGCGCAAAACGACGAACGGCGCGGUGUUGGAAACCUCCCCCCCUCCCCUCCCGGACCAGGGCCGAUUCUCCGUUUUCUAGCAGCCAGCUCGGCGCGGCGACACCAUGAAGGACCGUACGGCGGAACUACGAAGUGCUAAGGACAGCGAUGAUGAUGAGGAGGUGGUGCAGGUCGACAGGGACCACUUCAUGGAUGAGUUCUUUGAACAGGUGGAAGAGAUCAGAGGCUGUAUAGAGAAGCUGUCGGAGGAUGUGGAGCAGGUCAAGAAGCAGCACAGCGCCAUCCUGGCCGCACCCAACCCUGACGAAAAGACCAAGCAGGAGUUGGAGGACCUCACAGCUGACAUCAAGAAGACAGCCAAUAAAGUCCGCUCAAAAUUAAAAGCAAUCGAGCAGAGCAUCGAGCAGGAGGAGGGUCUCAACAGAUCAUCAGCGGAUCUCAGGAUUCGCAAGACACAGCACUCGACGCUGUCACGUAAGUUUGUGGAGGUGAUGACUGAGUACAACACCACGCAGUCCAAGUACCGCGACCGCUGCAAGGACCGCAUCCAGAGACAGCUGGAGAUCACUGGAAGAACCACCACCAACGAGGAACUAGAGGAUAUGUUGGAGAGUGGCAAGCUGGCCAUCUUCACCGAUGAUAUCAAAAUGGACUCUCAAAUUUCCAAGCAAGCCCUGAACGAGAUCGAAACCCGACACACCGAGAUCAUCAAGCUGGAAAACAGCAUCCGCGAGCUGCAUGACAUGUUCGUCGACAUGGCCAUGCUGGUCGAGAGCCAGGGAGAGAUGAUUGACAGAAUUGAGUACAACGUGGAACACUCCGUUGACUACGUGGAGCGAGCCGUAUCCGACACCAAGAAGGCUGUCAAAUACCAGAGCCAGGCCCGCAAGAAGAAGAUCAUGAUCAUCAUCUGCUGCGUCAUCCUGGGCGUGGUCCUGGCGUCGACCAUCGGCGGCACACUGGGCUUCUAAGGCGCUCCGCCCCAUGCCGCUGUGACGACCGACACCGACCGACCGUCUGACCGCCAGCAGAGAAAAAGAAACACCAUCGACAACAACAACACAAAAACUUGAAACACAAAUGCAAGACAGAUAACCAAUCAGCUAGGAAGAGAUAACAAUCCAAUCACAGAUAGGAGGAAACACCGCAGGGCUGGGUGGGGUUCAAAAAACAAAGACAAAAAAAACACAAUAAAAACGCCAUCACGCUAUAGCUGACUUAAAUACAUAACAUAUACAAAAGAGGGUACAAAUAAACCUACUAUUUAUUACAGAUGUACAUGUAAAUGUAUUGAACAUAUGAAGCAACACAUGGGUUAGCUACCUGUAAAAAAUUAUGACCUAUAAUAUGAUAUUUACUUGUUUGUUUGUUUGUUUUGCUUUUUUCUUAUUUUUUAAACAGUUUUUUUCGUUUUUCGGGAGUCUCUGAGGACAGUGGUGGUGACUGCUGCUGGGUGAAAGUUCUGUAGGACAAGCAUUCCAGAGCUAUCGCUUUAUUAGUUCCUUUAUUUAUAUCAUGUGUCCCGGAACUGAGCAUGAUUUCAAUCAGCGUGCUCAGGAAAUCAAGAGAGAGGAAAAAAAUCCUUGUUGGGUCCUACAGAACAUUCUGGAGCUCUGGAACUCUGUGCUACAUUUUUGGAACAGAAGUUUCCAGAACGCUGACAAGAGAGAGCAGAGUAAGGUUCUGCAAUGUGGUCAGUUGUGGUAGAAUAUCAAGGAAUGUCAUUAGUAAUUCUGCGGUGUUCCGGAAUGCCUCUGGAGUAUUCCAGAAUGCUGUCAGGGAUCCUGGAAUGUUCUGGCAUGCUGUCCUGCGGGAUGAACACCCGAUGGCUUUGGUUGAACCAACUUUGUCCCCGUGUUUUUUUUUGAAGGGAGCGACCAACCUCGCUGUUGGCUCGGCCGCCCUUCGUAAAAAGACCUCUCAUUGGUUGCUUCCGCCUGUCAUUCACCUCAGUCAACCUGUUAAAUGAGUUUAAACUGGCAAAGCCCGACCUGUCUCUUAAGACCACGAGGAUAGAGCGUGACACCCGCCCACUGAACUGUUUUUCACACCAACCCAUUGGUUAGGAAACACUACGUGGUGAGGGGGGUGUCAUUACAACAUGGCAGGUUUCCAUGAAAACAACCUCCCCUUCUUGUCACACCUAUCCAACCAAAGAGCAGGGGGAGGGAGGGCCUCCGGUUUUCCUGCUAUUUAGAUUGACCAACGGCAGAAAAUGUGAACUUUGACUGACAGGUGAACGGUGGGAAAGAAGGGGGGUAGGAAGAAGAGGGUUUCAAAGAGGGUGGGAGGAGACGGGCUGUCAAUCUAUGCAGUUUAGAUAAGAGGAAGACGACUUGUCCCGCCUCCUACACCCAAGAUAACCAAUGAGGAUCAGGGGUUCACGUGCCAGCACCAAAAGGCUCAUCACACCAACCGAUGUAGGUAAUAUAUUGUAUUGUCAUAUCCGAGCUGUCACGGCUGUUCUUAUGGAAGAUUCUUAAAAAUGAAGAGAACACAUUAAAAAGUAAAGAACUACAAUCAACUCAAAUAUAGCAUUUUAAAACUAACAAACAAGCUAGACAACAAACAAUUAAAACAGAAGAUGUAGAAACUCUGAAGAUGCUGGCGUGCCCUGGUUACCUGAGUGUAAUAUUGUUGAUUGUUUUUUUUGUUUUUUUUGUUUUUAUUUAUGGGGAACAUUUGUUGCUUCGUUGUACCGUGGUGCUGCUGUUUUAGUGCGUGCGUGACGUGUCCCGUGACGUAUCAGCCUGACAUCAGAUAGCGGUUACUGUUUAGUCUGGUUUGUUUCCUCCCAGCAUCCCUUCAUCUCCUGACUGAGUGUGUGUUUGGGGAUUGUGGUUAAUAAUUCAACCUGUUAAAAUGCCUCAGUUGCACAGGUGCUACUGAACAGGAGAGGCAUUUCCUGUUAGUGGAUUGUCUCUGUCGAAGGUAGAACAUGUGACACACACACACACAUGCACACACACAUUCACAUUCACAACACCGAACAUGCUUGAGCACCUCCAUACAACGUUUACACAGACACACUGACUAAUUCCCCUUGACAUACACACUUUACUUUACGGCGUCACGCAUCUUCACAAUGUGAGUGUUAGACUGAUCGCUUAGCAUGCUAUAGCGUUAGCUUGUGUUGUGUGUAGAUCCUGUAGAAACUACUUCCUGAUGAUUGAUCACAAGUUUUCUGCACUUUUAUAAAUGUUUGAUGUUAAAGACACUUUCUGUGUGUCUGAACCAGUGUUGGGGAGAGAAUGAAACCUCAAAAAUAAGAGGGCAAGUGUGCCAGUUAAUCGAAAAUGAUAGCUUGACAAAAAAUAGUCAACACACAAGUUUAAACUGCUAGCUGUUUUCCCAGAUUGCAUCACUGCAUCUCAAAAUUAGCUAGUAGUUAAAAACAGAUUAUUUUGCUAAACUAGUGAGCAUUAAGAGACAUUUUGCUUUUACAUAGUCCCCUUUCUGAAACUUCUAGUCAUGCAAUAAAACCAAAUUUGUCCUGAUUUAAUUUAAAACAAUUUUCUUUGUUCACUUUUUUCACUUUGCGAUAGCAUUAGCAGUAGCAUGGCUACUUUAAGAAGAAAUUCUAAUGCAAAAAUAGCAUGCUUAUUUUGAGUGAGCAAAUUCCAAUGGAGUUAAGAAGCAAAUAUUGUUACAACAGUCAUCGGGUUAAUGUGUCGGCUUCAUCACCGUUCCAGAUUGGGGCAACAGACAUGUGUUGUAUUUAUAUGUGUUGUACACGCAUGUUUCAUUUUGUUACUGUAAAUGCGGUCUGUGUGGAGAAGUCACGCAAGUGUGUUGCCUCAAACUGGACACACAAUGUUGAAAAUGACACCACAGUGUUGUGACUCUGGCUUUAGAUCUGAGGGUUUAAGGACGAUGGUUUGUCUGUGUGCAGGCUCUGUGAUACGGAGGCUUGACGCCUCUGUUGAGGCCUACACAAGCAAUCCUGCACCAUCACCGUCUAGGUAACAACAACCACAAAUACUACCUUAAACGCUGCAAAAAAAAUCUACACUCCUCUUGGUGUGAAAGCAAUAAAAUCAGCUUGUUAUAGUAAGGUUUCAUUUGAGUAAAAGCAUUAGCUGGCUAGCUCACCUUGUCUACAUUCUGCCCCCAAUUUACUGUCUAUAGAGUUGUAAAAAUGCAACUGUGAGAAAAUGUCUGGUUCCUAAAAAGCCACUAAACAAGAAGCUAAUGUGGUGUGUGACAAAAAUAGUAAACAAUCAGAGCCAAGCUGCCUAACAUUUUUGUCCAACACAAGAUCACGUUGGCUGCUUUGUUAAUGCUGAUAAUACUGCUAUCUUCCAGGACAAGGUUUAGACACGGAAAAGUAGUCAUUGCUCUGUUAAACGUGUGUUUUCUUGGCAGUCAUGGUUGAUAGCGCUGUUGGUUGUAAAUGUCUGUGAUGCUGUGUAGUCGCUAGAUGAAAUAAGAAUAUUUUUAGCUUCAAGUUCGUAAAUUUUCAUGUCAUCCUUCAACUUCCCAAAACCAAAACUUAACUUCUGUGUUCACCAAAGCUUAACACCCCCCAGCAAAAUCCAAUAGAUGUUUGUUCAAAAUAAUUGUCAGAAGAUUUUAAAAAAUUUGCACUUUUCUCUGCAGUUGUGUUGUCAAUGUUAGUUGCAAAUUUUUGUCUUAAUAGGUGCUUUCUUAGUGGUUUUUAAAGCAGUAGUACGCAUUGAAUCUGUCGACUAAUGGAUAAAAUAUGAAUCAUAAUUUCCCCUGUAACACAAACUGUAAUAUGUGGGUUAUAACUACAUUUCCCAGGUGUCUUAGAGUUGUAGAUUUGGGAGUUUUCAGACACGUACUAAGAAAAUCGAUAGUUUCAGAAAACCAAACUUACAUCCGAACAUUUUACCACCACAAUGCUUCAUUAAUCACCUGCCACUAACAUCGUAAAUUCAGCCUCAUUCUAUUAAGUUACAUGUUCUUGAUGGUCGAUGGUGGUCAAGCUGACGUCACGGUCGUCGCAGUAGUCGUGCAAUGGUUAGGCGGCGGUGGCUGCAGUGGAUAUAAAUCUGCAAUGCAAGGUUGCCGUCGUAGCACCAGCCAGCUUGUUGACAGUGAUGUUUCUUUGCGGUAUGUGUGUGUAUGUAUGUGUGUGUGUGUGUGUGUGUGUUUUCUGUAAACUUCUGUUCCUGUCUGGUAACCUUCCAUCAAACCCUGCUUCCUCCUUUUGGGAAAGAAAAAGCGGACAAAAAUCGUAAUUAAGGCUUCGUGGUUGGGUGAAGGUUAGGAAGUUUGUCCGAGCAUUCAGUCCUACAUUCCUUUCGUCUUCCCUCUCCUUGUUUGUGUUGUAGUUGUUUGGUUGUAGAAAAAGAUGACAUUAAGGAUUUGGGAGUCUGCCCCUUGCCCUCCCCAGCAGACCCCUGCCCAUCCUGAUGUGUGUAAUAAUGAUAAUAAUGACAAAAAAGGCAUGCAAAAGCGUUGUGGAGUUUGCAUGAUGGUGUUUUUUGUACCCCACCCCGACCUGCCCUCCAUGUCGUGCACUUUACUGCUCAUCGGACCUGUCUUUGAUUAGCACGUUACCUAGCUACACUUAUCCGCAUUUUUUUUUUUUUAUUGAAGCUUAACACAUGUUGGCGUGACACGUCAACACAUGCUAUGUUUCCAUCAUUGUUGGAACAGUAACUGGAUUUUUUAGGUGUUCCGUUGAAAGACUGAGUUGAUAUUUAAACAUGGGAAAGACAACAUUUUGGAAACCCUGCCAUCGACUUGAGCCAUUCUGCUUCCCCUCCGACCCCUGACAUCGACCCCCAAACCUCCCACUGGGUGUCAAACCUCUGUUGGCGUUCCUCUCUGAUUAUUCGCCUCCAUUGUGGCGUUUGUGUUCUCGUAAUGGGAUUGUCCCCAGCAAAAUGUUCAUUACCACCCUUAAAUCUGAAAACCUGUGGGCUAACCUCCCAUCGCUCCUCCACACGGCCUUAUGUGUGUGCAGCAUGCCUCCCCUCCUGUUCAGUCAAAUGAGACUGGUGCAUAAAUGUGUGUUUGUGUGUGUGUGUUUUUAGUGUCGGAGCAGCACGAGUUUGUUUUGAUGUGUGAAGCAUUCGAUGGCAGGUUCACGGGUUUCACAGCCGUUUGAUGAAUUCCUCUUUGUUUCUUUGAAAAAUGAUAAGUAGACAUAUGACAUCAGAAAUCUUUAUGGACGCCAUGAUCACUGUUAUUAUAUUUAUUACAAUUCAAACCAAAGCGUUUUCUGCCCUCCCCUCAUGUGUUCUCAAAAUGUUUGCCGCUAAUAUCAAAAGAGCACAACGCGAGUCAAGUUUACACUGAGAUGUUCCUCACAAAUGGUGAAAAAUAUUUAACGAAAACAUCAAAUGCUAACAUAUCGAUUAAUACAAAAGCCCUGCCCCCCUGCCCACCACCAGCCCUCACUGCAUGUUGGUCUGUACACCAAUCAUCCUGACCAAAACACCCAAUAGUUAUCUCACGCCACAACAAUGUCCACCUCCACGUCCCCUUUCUUUUUCACCCGUAGAUGUUAGUGUGGUCUGAUUUAGUGCACAAAUAUGACACAUAAUCAUCUGUGAAAACAAUUAGAAUACAUACGCUUCUCCUCCACUCGAGGCAUAUACAGAGACAAUGGUGGUGCUUUCUUAUUCUAUUUAUGAAUUGCUGUAUUUCUUGUUCUUUUAGUCUCGUUUUCUGUACAGCUUGUUUAUCAGUCUCUGUGUUCACACUUCAGGAUCAAUGCUAGGCUGCAGGUUUUAAGGAUUAGCUAGCUAGCUAAGUAUCCUGUUCAUCCUCUCCUGAGACUCUCUCAUCAGUCGAAAGUUGUUCGUGCUGAGCAAUGCAAUAAAAAUGAAUAAUAUCAGUUAGAGCAAUUACAAUGAAGCACUACUUAAGUUAACAAAGCUUUAUUGUAAUUGUCCUCAUUUUAGCCACCACUACCUUACGGUUGACAUAAAACCAAAUACAUUUAUUGAAUUAAAGUGUUGCUAACAUUAGCCUUAGUAUUUAUUUUUUUCUCCAGAGUCAGAUUUUGUUACAACCAAGCAAUUGCUAGUGAGACAAGUCAGGUAAAAAGUGUUUGUAAUAAUGGACUUUGACUGUCUUAGUUUGGCCCUCUACAAUCUGUAUUGAGUAAGAAAGAGUUAGCUUAAUGUUAAAGAAAGUGUUUUAUUUAAAUGUUUGUACAAAAACAAUUUAGCUUCAACACUACUGUUGUAAAGACGAAGCGCAAAUAUUGGACAUUUUUUUCUUUGGGGGUGGGGUGGGGGGGGUAGGACUUGAAAAAGUCUUCUUGAGUCCAACGCCUGUUAGCUUGCUAGCUAGCUAGCUCCUAUAAACCUUCAGUGAGCAUUUUCCUCUGUGUGAGAAAUGACUGCAGCCUUGUCAACAGAAGUUAUACAUGUAGGGAAGAAUAUAUAUAUACGAACCUUACACAAACACACUGCAUUUCUAUAAUUGUAUGUAUGUGGCUCUGUAGCCAUCUCUGCUUCUGUUGGCUGUGUACAGUUUUUGUCAGAGCGGGGUACAGAAAGCAGGAAAAAAUCAUCCCGAGAGAGUUUGGGUGCGACAUCAAGACUCCUAGGAUUGACUUACCGCUAGCCGAAGAACCUUGGCGUAUCGUUUCACACAUGUUUGAUAAACGACUUGUAGUCCUUGUAGUGUCACAUUACUUUUAACAGAAAAACCUGUGUGAAAGCAAUACAUCAGCAGUUAUCUCUUCAGGUUAAUCUUUCAGCAGAAGAACUCUUACAGACGAGUGUCUGUGAUCCAAGUUCUGACCAGACAUCCAAUUCAGAAACUGUGAGGGUUCAAGAGUAUCGUCCUUUUUUUUGUCUCUCUGAUGACGGACCAUGAAACUGUACUCUUCGAUGAUUUUUGUCUUCCUGAAACAAUUUUCAAAAACCAAAACCUGUUCAGUGCCCCGCUCUGGAUGACGCUACAAUGAAAAUGUUUGUCUGUCGUGGCUUCGACCUGCUUCUGUCAGUAGCAGCGGCUACGACACGAUGCUUUCGUUGUUUCUGAUUUUUAUUGUGUGAAGCUUCACCCAUGAGUCUCUCCUCGUCACAUGAGACAGUA